GUCCCUUUUCUCGAACAACCCUCUCCAGAAGCUGAAUGUGUUUGCCUGCUUGGUAAGCCUCCGCGUGGUCCAUCUGUCGCUUGCUUGGCGCGCUGCCACUGCGUCGUUAAUAGCCUCUUAUCCGUGUCCAAUGCUCGCGGUUUCUUUCUUGGAGCUGCAUUGUUUUGAAGGAUUUCGGAGGGUCAAAGAGGAUUGCAGCAGAUACUGAGGGAGUGGGUACUAAGUUUCUUGCACUUUGGGGGAGGGGGAUUGAAGGAGUGGGAGGGGAAGGAGGGGAUGAAACAAGGCUGGGAGGUUCACACACAUAUGACAUUGGGGUUGCAAUGAAAAAUGAGGCUAGGGGUAAUGCAGCGGGAAGCGGGGUAUGCAAGGUCUGCAUGUGGGGCUACUUGCCCGCCGCGUCGCCUCAGCGGACUCCGCUCUUGCACCCUACGUUGGUGCCCAUAACGGCGCUUGAUGAUCCACUCAAGAUUGUCUGCAAUGGUGGAUGUGGCUUUGGGAUAGGCAUCUCUGAAUCCGGUAAGCUCAACACCUGGGGCUCCACCACAGAGCUUGGACAAUGCUACCUUAUCUCUGGUAAACAGCAGGAAGUUCCCGAGCCGUAUCUACUGCCAACAGACUCCCCCAUUAUUCAAGCAGCUGGAGGUUGGGCACAUUGUGCAGCUGUAACAGGGAAUGGUGAAGUUUACACUUGGGGUUGGAGUGAAUGCGUUCCCAGCGUAACGCUCAAUGCUGUGGAAGAAAGCGAACAAGUGCAGGAAGAUGACAUACCUCCAGAUGUCCCAGGCACGAGCUUACAGUUAUUAUCAAGAAACAAUGUGAAUGCCGCACGCAGUGAACCCUUACCUUCAUCUGGUUCACCGUUGCGGCUUACUGGGGGAUUGCAGGGAAGAACUAAACAAUCUGGCAGGCAAAACCAACGUAAUUUGACGUGUAAAUUCACCGAAAAUAGAGUUGUGGAAGAAGUUCUCAAAAAGAGAAAGGUCGUAAGCUUUGAAGAUGGAGGAUCUCCUGAAAGCCCUACUGCAGCCGAUGAAAAUGUUUUUUCUCCACCUUUUCUGGUAAAUUUGGAUGCUGGAAUCAGAAUUGCUUCAGUAGCUGCAGGUGGACGGCACACAUUGGCUCUUUCAGAUGUAGGCCACGUUUGGGCUUGGGGUUAUGGAGGUGACGGUCAACUUGGAUUGGGCUCCCGCAUGCGGAUUGUGUCAUCCCCACAACAGAUACCUUGCUUGAAUUUGACAGAGAAAGCUGUGGCUCGAAGUGGAGUUCCUAUUCCUGGGAAAUGCAUAAAAGCAAUUGCAUGUGGAGGCCGUCAUAGUGCUGUCGUUACAGAUGCUGGAGCGUUGUUAACUUUUGGAUGGGGUCUCCACGGCCAGGUUGGUCAAGGCAGUACCGAAGAUGAGUUGAGCCCUUGUUGUGUAUCUACAAUAGGAGGACUUCGCAUCGUAGGCAUAGCAGCUGGCCUUUGGCACACUCUUUGCAUUACUGAUGUUGGAGAUGUAUAUGCUUUUGGCGGAAAUCAAUUUGGCCAACUUGGCGUAGGUGGAAAUGCUGCAGAGUUGUCUCCACGGAUGAUCGACGCACCACUUUUGGAAGAUGAAUCAUGUGUGGAAGUUGCAUGCGGUGCGCGCCACAGUGCUGUGUUAACAGGAUCUGGAAAGAUCUUUGCCUGGGGUUGGAACAAAUAUGGGCAGUUGGGUUUGGGUGAUUGCAACAACAGAGACUUACCAGUGCAAGUAACGAUGAAUGAUGGUGGGCGUGCAGCCAGUAUUGCCUGUGGUUGGUGGCACACUCUGGCUUCAGUCCACAUGACGCCACUCGCAUCUAAUCACCAGCUGGCGAAUACAGCAUCUUCAAUACAUCCUCCACUGUGAUUAGCAAUUAGACGGUUCAACUGUUUUGGUAGUCAUCUGUUGAAACUCCCCAUCCACUAAAUAAGCUCUGAAGUCCCAUUCAUCUUUCACAAUAUGCUUGGGACAGUACUGAAGUCAAUGGUUUUCUGUGCAAGUUUCAUCUUGAAUUGAAGUUCUUGUCAUGAACGUUGACCUAUUAAAUCCAAUGUACUUGAAUUGUAAUCUUCGGAAAGUAACAAUGAGUGCCGUUUCUAUA